ACUUGGAAUCAUAUGAUUCAUCUCUUACCAUGUUAGGUCUUGUCUAUUUAAUUUUUAGCCUUCUUGCUCCAUAUCAUAAUUGGGCCAGAUGAUGAUUGGCCUCCUGGCCCAAGUAAUUCAGUCCAACCAAAAGUGAAACAAAAGAAAAUUAAAAAAUAAUAAUAAUAAUAAAAAAAAAUUGUUUGAACAUGAGUUUUGACUGUACUACCCACCACGAAGUGGCGCGCGGUCCAAGGCCAUCUAGUACUUUAGUAGUAGUACUAGUAGCUUCUCACUUUAUGGAGCAUUAUUAUAAUUAGUCAUACGUUUUUACCGAACUCCACUUCCCAUGCCACUCUUUCUCUCUCUCUCUCUCGUUGAAACCCUUAAUUGUACCACAAACUGUUACAAAUCUCACAGUUCAUUUCUCAAAAGCUCUUGAUCUCAUCAUCCAUGGCAGAAGCAGCAGAGGAGACCAUCAUGGAAGAGAGAGACGAGCUCAUGAUUUCGCCAAAAGGAGGAGACCCAACUCUCAGAAUUGCCCAUUUUCUCAAACCCUCUGUCACCUCCAUCGAUGGACCAUUCUUUAAUCUUCCUUCACCGUCUCUCUCCUCUGUACCCGCCAAUUUCGACCCAACAAAAUCCCCACUGAGAGUGUCGUUCAAUGGCUGGAGACAGCCAUCAAAGAACUGGAAAACAUGGGUAAGCCGCAUGCAUUCUUCACAUCAAUCCCUAUGGGAAAACGUUGGAAUUCACGACGCCAUCAUGAAUUCAACCUACAAAAUCUGGAAAAUUGACAGCUUGGUCUUUGGGUUCGUAGAGAGAUGGUGUUCUGAUACCAACACAUUUGUGUUUCCUUGGGCAGAAACAACCAUCACUCUUGAAGAUAUAAUCAUUUUGGGAGGUUAUUCCGCUCUGGGUGAUUCCAUAUCAACCCCUCUUGAAACCACAGAAUUGAAUGAAAUCAAAGAACAACUAGUUCGAGCAAGGUCAGAAAUCAGCAGGAGCAAAGCUCACAAGGCCUCCCAUGAAAGGUGGUUGUCUAAAUUCAUGGGCUGUGGAAGUGAGAUCGAGCACGAAGCAUUUCUUUCCUAUUGGUUGUCAAGGUUUGUCUUCCCAACAUCAUUUAACUCUAUAGCAACAAAUGUUUUUCCCAUUGCCAAUCAUUUAGCUAGAGGUACCAAAAUUGCACUUGCACCGCCUGUUCUAGCAAGCCUUUACAGAGACUUGAGUUUGUUGAAAGCCACUAUUGUUGCUUCAAACAAAUUAGGAACUAGUAUAUGUGAAGAAGCUGCUUUAACACUUGCAGUUUGGGCCCCAUUACAAUUUGUUCAAAUUUGGGCAUGGGAAAGAUUUACAUCAUUGCGGCCGACACCCUGUUCCAUUGGACAUGGUGGGCCAAGAUUGGCUCGAUGGGACAACGCGAAGAAAGUGAACAUUGAGGAUAUGAGGUUGGCUAUAGAUUCUGCUGGAAGUAACUUUCUGUGGCGGCCUUAUGCCAGAGCCAAGAAAGGAGAGUGGUUAUUGGCUCAACCAGUGAUGGAUGAGGGAUUAGAGUCACUUGCUUUAUGCUUGAGGGUCUGCGAGUUAGUUGGACUAGGGUGUAUAGAGCAGUACCUCCCACAUCGAGUUGCAAUGCAGUUUGGGUUGGAUCAGGAUCUUCCAGGUCUGGUUGCUCGUUCCAAUUCAAGUCUUGAAAUUGCUUGGAGUAAUUAUAAGAGGCCGAUUAGAGAUGAGAAAUUAUAUAUUUCACCACGACAUUAUAAGCCAGGUGUUACCACUAGAUAUUUUGAGUGGUGGAAUGCAAAGUUUGGUGGGCAAGAAGCAACCAAGCAUGUUUUUGAAAAGAGAAAUUCAAAUAGUUCCGAAAGAACUCCACAGAGUUGGAAGAUAACUGAUCCUGCUGUUCCUCCUGGUUUUCCUUCGAAAUCCAUUUCGGUUGAAUCAAGUGACUCCAGCGCUGAGUAUAGACAGCCAUUAUCGGAGUGGUUGAGAAAUAUGAAGAGUAGAGGUGGUCAGUCUUCAAUCAGAUCUCGAUUGCAAAGUCCAUCACCAUCUUCGACUGCUGAUAGUGGAACUAUUCAAAAGAUUGGGUCGGUCGUUAAACCUGCGGAAAAUAUUGUGGAAAGAGAACAUGUGAUGGAAGGAUCAGCAGCAGUCACACAUGAUGCAAUGGAAAGUAGAACCGAGUUGGUCACACAUGAUGCAAUUAUAAGUAGAACAGAGAUGAUUGCAGAAAGUGCAAUUGUAAGUAGACCAGAGAUGAUCGCAGAAGGUGCAAUUGUAAGUAGAUCCGAGAUGAUCGCAGAAGAUGCAGUUGUAACUAGAACAGAGAUGAUCGCAGAAGAUGCAGUUGUAAGUAGACCAGAGAUGAUCGCAGAAGGUGCAAUUGUAAGUAGAACAGAGAUGAUCACAGAAGAUGCAAUUGAAAGUAGAAUGAGGACUCCUGUUAAUAACAUGAUUUUGGAUCUUCACUCCGGCUGGUGGGGUUUAAGCCUAUUUCCUUUAGAGAUCAGUAACAGCUUGGAUAUCAGAAGGGAAUAAAGUAAGGCAGUUUGGACAGCUAGGGAACAAAGUUCAAUGCAUUUUCUCUUCUAUUUUGCAAUAUAAUACUAAACUUUUUUCUUCUAUUUUGCAAUAUACUACUUCUCUUAAGUAGUACUGACUGUGUUCUGAAAUAUUUCCUACUCUUUCUUUAAUCUGCUUCACUUUUAAAUAUGCUUUUGCCCACGAUGCUUGGUCCUGGCUAUUUUCUUUCUGCAACAAAAGAUCUAAAUCCGCUCUUCCACUUUAAGUCAUAACAUGAUAUAAACCCAACAAGCUUGCCUACAUGCAUUUGGAAAUAUUAAUGUAUACUGUUUUUGUUAUAACUGUAUUUCAUCAUGUUUUACAUUUCAUUCUUGAUUGAAUUUUUUUAAACUGUCAGUUUCUCUUAUUUAAUCUUCUAUUAGUAUGUACUGUUCCAUUUAGAUCUUGUUGAUAGUACAUGGUUUGUCAAAUAAAUCGUUGUUUAUGAAACUUCAAUACCUAAUGGAAUGCCUAAGAAUUGCAUUUAUAAACUCUUUAUUUUUUAUUUUUUCAUUUCUAUAUUACAUAAUAUAUAUAUAAAGUUCUAAAUAUGGUGGUCCAGGACUGCAGAACGGUUUACAAGAUCGCUGGGUACUAAAAUACACACAUCUCAUUUGAUGCACCUCCUUGUUCAACAUUUUGUACCAAAAUUAUGUCUACUUUUGUUAUGUGAAGAUAUUCAAUUUGAGACUUGGGACUAUUGUAGGGUUACCUUGAAUUAAGUUGGUUGGACUUUACGGGGAUAGAUCCCAUAAUUGUGAAGCCUGAAACUCACUCGCACUUAUUUUUUUGAAUGUCAAGAAACUAGCAGGAUGUGGGCUAGAAUCAACUCCCGAUUUCCUAUACCUUGGCCAAAUCAAAUAACUUGUAAUCCUAGACUGGCGUUCUUCAAAUCUCAAGUUUAAGCAGCUUCAGUAUGAUCAGUAUAUGGUUAGUAGUCUUUCUUUUGCAGCUACCGUCUAUUUUGUGUGGUUAGUGAGAAAUGCCAAAUUCUAUGAGAAAUUUGAAUUGAAGCAAAAAUUAUCAAUUUCAUUAGAAGCAGAUUUCUGGGCCUAAAAAAUAUGAAGAAACUCUGCACAAAAUCAAAUGCUGGUUGAGAGGCGUUUUUGGGAGUUUUUGCAUUUUAGAGCAGUUUGUCUAGACAAACUUUUGUUGCACAUGGUGGCUUUCUUUAUCAGCUUUGCUGUUGUUUGUAGCAAAGGCUUGCAGCUUGGUUUUGUUGUCAAUAUGUGUUUCUGCAUAUCUGCUGUUGUAUCGGCGUCUUUUUUGGGGUCUUGUUAGAUACUGUUUUGGGUUGAGGCUUGUGUGUACUCUGCUGUUGGUGUGGUGUUUUGUUAGUAGGCUUGUGUGAACUCUUCGUUUUGUUGUGAUGAUAGUUGUGUGCGUGUGUUUUUUUGUUUUUAGCUGUAGUAUGUUGUCAAAUGAUAUGUUUCUGCAUAUCUGCUGUAGUUUGUUGGCUGCAUUUUGCUUUUGUACUAUAUUUUCCAUAUCAGUAAUUAUCUUGUAGAUGUGUACGUUUGUUUACUUUUAACUACGAAAAAAAAAACACAAAAACAAAAACUAAAAAAACAAAAAAAAAAAAAAAAAAAAUUUAUUGGUUAACAUAAAAAUUCAUAAAAAAAAACAUAUAACCUAUUUGUUAAGCACCAAUAAUUUAUGAUUUUUUUUUUUUUGUUUCCUCGUAUAUUUUGUUCGAAAAUAAUUGUAAUCCAUCCAGCAAAUCUAAAACAUGUGAUUUCUAAAAGACAGGUUUAAAGGUCAAGUAACUUUUUGAGAUCAAUAAUACUUUUCUUUAGAUGGUAAAAUUCACUUCUACCAGUAAAUAGAAAAUUGUAAUUAGUUUGUUAUACCGGCUACAUUUUGAUAUGAUACAACGUGUGCGCGCAAAACCUUUCCAAGCACUCCCUUUGACCUUAAAAUAACAUUCUGUAAACUAUUUCUGCUAAAAUAAACACGCAACAAGAUUCCAAAAUCGAACCAAAAACACUCGCAAUGCCAUCAUUUUUAGCAAGAAAUAUAUAUAUAUAUAUGCAGCAAAAAAUCUUUAUAUACUACUUAACAAAAUGAAAACAUUGCCUCCUAAUUUAUCUCAUACCAAGCAAUAACUCGCACAUCAUAUAAACAACAAAAAAAGAAAUUGAUAAAUAAAUUGUCUGAUCAUCUGGCGGCUCUGAAUUGCCCCACUUCACAAAAAAAUGGAAUUGAUAAAUAAAUCAUCUGAUCAUCUGGCUGCCUCUGAAUUACCCCACUUUGCAGGAUUUCAAUUUGAACAAUAAGAGUCAAAUUAUUCUCUCUUGCACUAAAAAAAAUUAGAGCAGUGUUUAUUUAAAAGUAAUAUUAGCCGUUCCUUGCAUUGCACCAAAUUUAAUUUCCUCGUGUCAUUGAUUGAAUCUCUUUAAAUCUUUAAAUGACAAAGGAAAUUAUUAGACCAGAAAAAAAAAAAAAAAAAAAAACAACACAA